AUGGUCAUCCCCAAAGGCAGGAACACACCAAGCCGGCAGUCGGCCAUCAGGCAGUUUUUCUCCGUCAGCCGACAAAGUUUUCUCAGUUCAACAGAGAGUGAAGAGGAUCUGAGGAUUGUGCUGCUGGGAAAAACUGGAGUUGGGAAGAGUGCAACUGGAAACACAAUCUUAGGAAGAGAUGCAUUUACAGCAGAAACAUCUCAAGAGUCAGUGACUAAAGAGAGUCGGAGAGAAUCAUCUGAAAUCAACGGCCGACACGUUACUGUGAUCGACACUCCAGGACUGUUUGAUACUGAACUGAGUAAUGAGGAGAUCCAGAGAGAAAUCAGACACUGCAUCUCCAUGAUCCUGCCUGGACCACAUGUGUUCAUCAUUGUGCUCAAUUUAGGACAACGAUUCACUCAAGAAGAAGCAACAUCAGUGAAGAUCAUCCAAGAGACGUUUGGUGAGAAAUCCUUAAUGUUCACCAUGGUGCUCUUCACGAGAGGAGAUGAUCUGAAGAACAAAACUAUUGAUCAGUAUUUGGGAAAACCUGGAUCUCCUUUGAUGAAGCUGAUUAAAGCGUGUGGAAACAGAUACCAUGUGUUCAAUAAUAAUCAGACUGGAGACCGAACACAGGUGUCUGAUCUACUGGAGAAGAUAGAUAACAUGGUGGAAGAACAUGGAGGGAGUUUCUACUCAUGUAAGAUGUUCAGAGAGAUGGAGAGAGAAAAACAAGAACAACAGAUGAAGAUCCUGAUGGACAGAGUCAGAGAAAGAGAAGAACUGAUGAAGAAACUGGAAGAAGAGAAAGAGAGAAUGAGGAUGAUGAUGGAGGAAGAACGACAGAAUCAAGACAAAGAGAGAAAGAGAAGAGAAGAGGAACUGAAAAGAGAAAUAAGAGAACAAGAGAAACAUCAGAGAGAGAUACGAGACGAGAUGAGACGAGAACGAGAGACACUUAAACAUGAAAUAGAGGAAAUGAGACAAGAAAAAGAGAAACUACAGGUUAAAUAUGACACUGAUAUAGACAGACUGAUGAACAGAAUAGAGAAUGAGAGGAAGGGAAGAGAAGACAAAUUUAAUGAGAGAGAAAAACAAUAUAAAAUACUAAUGAAAGAGAAAGAAGAUCUUCAAUCCAAACAUGAAGAAGAAGAAUACAAGAUGAAGAUGAUGAUGGAGAAACUGAACAGAGAAAAAGAAGAACUGAUUAAUAAAUAUGAAAAAGAGAAAGAGAAAAUGAAGAUGAUGGAGGAAGAAAUAGUGAAUCGAGAUAAAGGAAUAAAGAGAAGAGAAGAAGAAUUCAAAGAGAGAGAAGAACAGUAUAAAAGAGAAAUGAAGGAACAAGAAGAGUGGAUGCGAAACGAAAUGAGACAAGAACAAGAGUUGUUUAAAAAUGAAAUAAACAAAACAAGGCAAGAACAAGAGAAUGUGAAAAAAGAAAAAGAAAAUCUAAAGACAGAAAUAGAAAUACUGAUGAGCAGAAUAGACAAUGAAAGAGAGAAUCACAACAAACAGAGAAAGAGAAGAGAAGAAGAGUUUUAUGAAAGAGAGGAAUGGUAUAAAGGAGAAAUUAAAGAAAAAGAGGAUACUGAGGAAAAAAUGCGUGAAGAAAUGAAGAGAGAACGAGAGGAAUGGGAGAAACAGAAACUAGAAGAAAAGAUGAGAAGAGAAGAAGAGGAUGAGAAAAGAAGAGAGAAAGAACAGAGAGAUUGUGAUGAAUUUAAUGAGAAACUGAAACAAGAGAGAGAAAGUAUGGAAAGAGAGAAAGAAGAACUUAAGUCUAAACAUGAAGCAGAAGAAAACAAGAUGAAGAUCCUGAUGGAGAAACUGAACAGAGAGAAAGAAGAACUGAUGAAGAAACAUGAAGAAGAGAAUGAGAGAAUGAAGAAGAUGAUGAAUGAAGAACAACAGAAUCGUGACAAAGAGAGAGAGAGAAGAGAAGAUGAACUCAAAAGAGAAAUUAUAGAACAAGAGAAACAUCAGAGGGAGAUACGAGAUGAGAUGAGGCGAGAACGAGAGACAUUCAAACAUGAAAUAGAGGAAAUGAGACUAGAAAAAGAGAAACUACAGGUUAAAUAUGAUACUGAUAUAGACAUGAUGCUAAACAGAAUAGAGAAUGAGAGGAAGAGAAGACAAGAUAAAUUUAAUGAGAGAGAAGAACAAUAUAAAAUAUUAAUGAAAGAGAAAGAAGAUCUUCAUUCCAAACAUGAAGCAGAAAAAAACAAGAUGAAGAUGAUGAUGAUGGUGGAGAAACUGAACAGAGAAAGAGAAGAACUGAUGAAGAAACAUGAAGAAGAGAAAGAGAGAAUGAAGAUGAUGAUGGAGAAACUGAACAGAGCAAGAGAAGAACUGAUGAAGAAACAUGAAGAAGAGAAAGAGAAAAUGAAAAUGAUGGAGGAAGAAAGAGUGAAUCGAGAUAAAGAAAUAAAGAGAAGAGAAGAAGAAUUUAGAGAGAUUGAAGAACAAUAUAAAAGAGACAAAAAGGAACAGGAAGAGCAGAUGCUAAACGAGAUGAGACGAGAACGAGAGCUGUUUAAAAAUGAAAUAAAUGAAACAAGGCAAGAAAAAGAGAAUGUGAAAAAAGAAAAAGAAAAUCUACAGACAGAAAUAGAAAUACUGAUGAGCAGAAUAGACAAUGAAAGAGAGAAUCAUAACAAAGAGAAAAAGAGAAGAGACAAAGAGUUUAAAAAAAGAGAAGAAUGGUAUAAAGGAGAAAUGAAAAAGAAAGAGGAGAGAGAGGAAAAUAUGUGCGAGGAGAUGAAUAGAGAACGAGAGGAAUGGGAGAAACAGAAACUAGAAGAAAAGAUGAGAAGAGAAGAAGAGGAUGAGAAAAGAAGAGAGAAAGAACAGAGAGAUUGUGUUGAAUUUAAUGAAAAACUGAAACAAGAUAGUGAAAGAAUGAAAAGAGAGAAAGAAGAACUUAAGUCUAAACUUGAAGCAGAAAAACAAAAGAUGAAGAUCAUGAUGGAGAAACUAAACAGAGAAAGAGAAGAACUGAUGAAGAAACAUGAAGAAGAGAAAGAGAGAAUGAAGAAGAUGAUGAAUGAAGAACAACAGAAUCAUGACAAAGAGAGAGAGAGAAGAGAAGAUGAACUCAAAAGAGAAAUUAUAGAACAAGAGAAACAUCAGAUAAAGAUACGAGACGAGAUGAGACAAGAACGAGAGACAUUCAAACAUGAAGUAGAGGAAAUGAGACAAGAAAAAGAAAAUUUAAAGAAAGAAAAUGAAAAACUUCAGAUCAAAUACGACACAGAAAUAGACAGACUGAUGAACAGAAUAGAGAAUGAAAGACAAAAUCAUGAAACAGAGAGAAAGAUAAGAGAAGAACUGUUUAAUGAGAGAGAAGAACGAUAUAAGAGAGAAAUAAAAGAGAAAGGAGAGAGAGAAGAAAAGAUGUGUGAGGAGAUGAAGAGAGAACGAGAGGAAUGGGAGAAACAGAAACUACUGGAAAAGACAAGAAAUAAAGAAGAGGAUGAGAAAAGAAGAGAGAAAGAACAGAGAGUUUGGGAUGAAUUUAAUGAUACACUAAAAGAAGAGAGAGAGAGAAUAGAAAGAGAGAAAGAAGAACUUCAGUCUAAACAUGAAGAAGAAGAAAACAAGAUGAAGAUCCUGAUGGAGAAACUGAACAGAGAGAAAGAAGAACUGAUGAAGAAACAUGAAGAAGAGAAAGAGAGAAUGAAGAUGAUGAUGGAGGAAGAACGACAGAAUCAUGACAAAGAGAGAAAGAGAAGAGAAGAAAACAUUAUAGCGAGAGAAGAAUAUAAAAGAGAAAUAAAGGAACAAGAGAAACAUCAGAGAGAGAUACGAGACGAGAUGAGACGAGAACGAGAGACAUUCAAACAUGAAAUAGAGGAAAUGAGACAAGAAAAAGAGAAUUUGAAGAAAGAAAAUGAAAAACUUCAGAUCAAAUAUGACAUUCAAAUAGACAGACUGAUGAACAGAAUAGAGAUUGAAAGACAGAAUCAUGACAAAGAGAGAAAGAGAAGAGAAGAAGAGUUUAAUGAGAGAGAAGAACAAUAUAAAAAAGAAAUAAAAGAGAAAGGAGAGAGAGAAGAAAAGAUGUGUGAGGAGAUGAAGAGAGAACGAGAGGAAUGGGAGAAACAGAAACUAGAGGAAAAGAUGGGAAGAGAAGAAGAGGAUGAGAAAAGAAGAGAGAAAGAACAGAGAAUUUGGGAUGAAUUUAAUGAUAGACUGAAAGAAGAGAGAGAGAGGAUGGAAAAAGAGAAAGAAGAUCUUCAAUCUAAACAUGAAGAAGAAAAAAACAAGAAGAAGAUCCUGAUGGAGAAACUGAACAGAGAAAGAGAAGAACUGAUGAAGAAACAAGAAGAAGAGAAAGAGAGAAUGAAGAUGAUGGAGGAAGAAAUACAGAAUCAUGAAAAAGAGAGAAAGAGACAAGAAGAUGAGAAAAGGAGAGAGAGUGAGAAACAGAUUAGUAAUGAACAUAUUCUGAUACCAAAGAGUGAAAUAGAGGGAAUAAUCAGAGAGAGAGAGAGAGUAGAAAGAGAGAGACAAGAACUACUAGAGGAUUUGGAGAAGAGACUGACAGAAGAAAGAAACAUGAGAGAAGAUCAACAAAAGACUUUUGAAAAGAAACUGCAAAUCAUUGAACAACAAUAUGAACAACUGAAGAGAAGACGAGUACAGUGGAGAGAGGAAUAUGAACAAGAGAAAGAGGAGAUGAUGAAGAUCUACUCUGAAACUGAUCAGUCACUACAGGUGAGACCUCAGAGAAACAUGGAACUGAUAUACAAACCUGAUUCCAAAAAAGUUGGGACACUGCACAAAUUGUGAAUAAAAAAGGAAUGCAA